CUCCAUGAUGGCCAUGGGCGAACCAAGGCUGAACUGGGAUGUUUCCCCCCAAAAUGGCCUUAAGACAUUUUUCUCUCGAGAAAAUUAUAAAGAUCAUUCCAUGGCUCCAAGUUUAAAAGAACUGUGUGUUUUAUCUAACAGAGAGAACAAAGGAAUUAUGUGGAUUUGUUGGUUAAAUAUGCAAAAACUCCUGCAAAUUCUAAAGCUGUUGGAAUAAAUAAAAAUGACUAUUUGCAGUACUUGGCACUGGGGAUUGAAUUCAGGACCUCAUGCACGCCAAGCACGCGCUCUACCACUGAGCUAUAUUCCCCACCUCCAAGAAUGAAUGUUACCUUUUUUGCCUCUAAUUUAAUACAGAAAAAAUGUUGAUCUCUUGUCUUACAUUAAUUUACAGUGGUUAUUAAUGAAAAUAAGCAUUUCCCAUGUGUUUAUAAGCCAUUUCUAUUUCUUCUUUUGUAACUUGCCUAUUCAUGUGUUUGCUUAUAUUUACAUUUAGGUGUUUGUGCUUUUUUAUGUUAAGAGCAUUUUAUAAAAUAAUCUUAUUUCCUAAGCCCAUAUUGUAUUAUUAGUCAUUAGCUUAUCUCUUCUUGUGAAAUUAGCUUUUUCUUUGUGAUUUGUGUUUUGGAUGUGAUACUUUGUAAGUCCAAAUUAUUAGAGUAAUGUUUGAGAAGUGAUUGUUUGUAACCAACUUCUUAUUCCAAGACAUGUCUACUUUUUUAAAAAUCAGGAUAUGAAAAAACAUGUGAAUGAAGAAGUUACAGAAUUCCUAAAAUUUUUGCAAAAUUCUGCAAAGAAAUGUGCACAAGAUUAUAAUAUGCUUUCUGAUGAUGCUCGUCUUUUCACAGAGCAAAUUUUAAAAGCUUGCAUUGAACAAGUGAAAAAGUAUCCAGAAUUCUAUACGCUCCAUGAAGUCACCAGCUUAAUGGGAUUCUUCCCAUUCAGAAUAGAGAUGGGAUUAAAGUUAGAAAAAACUCUUCUCGCAUUGGGCAGUGUAAAAUAUGUGAAAACAGUAUUUCCCUCAAUGCCUGUAAAGUUGCAGCUGUCAAAAGAUAACAUGCCUGCCACCGAAGCACCAGAACAAAUCGCCGCAGCUAUGCAUUAUGAUAUUAGUAAAGACCCAAAUGCAGAGAAGCUUGUUGCAAGAUACCACCCUCAGAUAGCUCUAACUAGUCAGUCAUUAUUUACCUUGUUAAAUAAUCAUGGACCAAGCUACAAGGAACAGUGGGAAAUUCCAGUGUGUAUUCAAGUAAUACCUGUUGCAGGUUCAAAACCAGUUAAAGUAAUAUAUAUUAAUUCACCACUUCCCCAGAAGAAAAUGACAAUGAGAGAAAGAAAUCAAAUCUUCCAUGAAGUUCCAUUAAAAUUCAUGAUGUCCAAAAACACAUCUGUUCCAGUCUCUGCAGUAUUUAUGGACAAACCAGAAGAUUAUAUAUCUGAAAUUGAUACGUCUUAUGAAGUUAAUGAAUGCCGAAAAAUUGAAACCCUUGAAAAUUUGGAUCUGGAUUUUGAUGAUGAUGUCACAGAACUUGAAACUUUUGGAGUAACUACCACCAAAUCGUCAAAGUCACCAAGUCCAGCAAGCACUUCCACAGUACCCAGCACAACAGAUACGCCCAUAGCCCCCAGCACGGCAACCACAUCUGUAGCACCAAAUGCACCAGACAUUUCUGCUCACUCUAGAAGUUUAUCUCAGAUUCUGAUGGAACAGUUGCAAAAGGAGAAACAGCUGGUGACUGGUAUGGAUGGUGGCCCUGAAGAGUGCAAAAAUAAAGAUGAUCAAGGAUUUAUACCAUGUAGUGAAAAGGUAUCAAAUUCUGACAAGUCUUUGGUGCAAGAAGAUAACUUGAAAACAUCCGAUGCCUUUCAGUUAGAAAGUUCUACAGAAGUGGAAACUUCUAAUGAAAAUGAUAUGGCCACUGACAUGGAGUGUGUUGGUGAAGCACUGAAUGUUGUAGAGAACACAGACAAUAAUUCAAAGGAAAAGACUGUUACAUCAGAAGCAGCUAAAACUGAAGAUGUAGUUCUUUGCAAUAGUGAUACAGAUGAAGACUGUUUAAUAAUUGAUACAGAAUGUCAAAAUAAUAGUAAUGGAAAGACAGCCGAAGUGGGUUCUAAUUUAAGUUCUAAGCCAACUAGCCUGAAUUCUUCCUCAGGACAGGCUUCUGUAGGAAACCAGACUAAUACUACUUGUAGUCUUGAAGAAUCAUGUAUUUUAAAAAAACCUAUCAAACGAGUAUAUAAAAAAUUUGAUCCAGUUGGAGAAAUUUUAAAAAUGCAAGAUGAACUCUUAAAGCCAAUUUCCAGAAAAAUACCUGAGUUGCCUUUAAUGAAUUCGGAAAAUUCUAAGCAGCCUCCUAUUUCUGAGCAAUCCUCUGCUCCUUCAGAUGCCUCUGGUUGGCCAAAAUCUAUAUGGCCUUCUGCCUUUCAGAAGCCAAAAGGACGAUUGCCAUAUGAACUUCAGGACUAUGUUGAAGAUACUUCGGAAUAUGUGGCUCCUCAGGAUGGAAAUUUUGUUUACAAGCUGUUCAGCCUGCAAGACCUGUUGCUACUUGUGCGAUGCAGUGUCCAGAGGAUAGAGACCAGACCACGUUCCAAAAAGCGGAAGAAAAUCAGAAGACAAUUUCCAGUUUAUGUGCUACCGAAAGUGGAGUAUCAGGGUUGCUACGGAGUUGAAGCUCUGACUGAAAGUGAACUUUGUCGCCUGUGGACUGAAAGUUUAUUGCAUUCCAACUGCUCAUUUUAUGUUGGACAUAUUGAUGCAUUUACUUCAAAGCUUUUCCUGCUAGAAGAAAUUACCUCAGAAGAAUUGAAAGAAAAACUUUCAGCACUCAAGAUUUCAAGUUUAUUUAACAUCCUCCAACACAUUCUAAGGAAACUAAGUAGUUUGCAGGAGGGUUCCUACUUGUUGUCUCAUGCAGCAGAAGAUUCUUCACUCCUGAUCUACAAGACCUCUGAUGGAAAAGUUACUAGGACAGCAUACAAUUUGCAUAAAACACAUUGCGGCCUUCCUGGUGUACCUUCCAGUCUCUCAGUGCCCUGGGUCCCCUUAGAUCCCAGCCUCCUACUGCCAUAUCAUAUCCAUCAUGGAAGAAUACCUUGUACUUUUCCGCCUAAAUCACCAGGUCCCACAACACAACAAAAGAUUGGUGGAACAAGAAUGCCUACCCGCAGCCGCAGGAAUUCAGUUUCCAUGGAAACCAAAAGCCUGCCUGCUCAGCAAGUUGAAAAUGAAGGAGUGGCUCCAAGUAAAAGAAAAAUAACUUAAGCCCUGGAAAAUGAAGAAAAGCCAGUUAUAACCAUAGAAAACAAAGCAAAGCCAGUUAUAACAGUGUUCAGUUUAGAAGAGUUUGAGGGGCAAAGAGAACAUUUUUCUUUUAGUGUCCUUGGGAGUUCUUAGAGUGCCUUGAAAAAACAUGUUGGCGAUGUGAAGCAGUAUUCCACCCGAAACAGAAUGUUGUGCUCUUAAUACCUGACGUUCGAUGAGAUUCUAGAUACGUUUUAACAUUAUCAUGGCAGGGAAGUACAGAGAAGGAAAUAUUUUUAUAGUAGACCUUUUCCAAAAAUUGUAAAUAGGAAAAUAAUUUGCUUUUUUAAAGAGCAAUAUUUAUCAUUAUAUAUUAUGUUAAUAAUUUGAGUUGUAUUGCCAGUCUGUUGAGAUUGACUCGAAAGGUUAAAUCUUACUGCUGUCAGAGAUAAUUUUGAGUUACGUAAACCUUAUUUCUGACCCAUUAUGACAGUUUUUAUAUACUACUUUAAAAUGAUGAUUGUUGCAGGUUAAUGAAGUUAGUACCUUUAAAAUUUUGGUGAAAUGCCAUUGCAGAAUCCAAAAAUAAAAAAUCCUCUGCCUCUGAAAAUAUACAAGUAAGUUAAUGCUUUUUUUGUUGGGCAACCAUCAGUUUGUUUAAAAAAAAAAAACUUUUGUGGUUGAACAGGUUUGUUGAGGAAUGCCUCUGUCUCUUGUCACAAAUCCAGGCUGAGUGUUGAAAUACAUUACUAAAAGCAAAGAGCUGAGUAUAUCUUCUCAACAUAUCUCAUGUUUCAACUGGUAAGACUAAUGUGUGGUAAAACAGAUGCUGUGUUUUUCUCAUCUGCAAAGAUUCAAUUCAAUUAUUGUGGAUAAUUUAAAUUUUUCAGGACCAUGGAGGUGAAUUUGGAAAAGGGCAUGAUCAAUUAAUGUUAUUGGAGCAAAUUUGGACUUAAGAAGGGAUGGACUUAAUUGUUUAAUUCCUCUUUAAUGUGCACCGAAUACGUGCAUCAUUUGUAAAAUACAAACUUUGUAAUCCAAGGCGGUAUUUGCUUUGUUUUUGGAAUUUUUUAUGCAUUUUUAUAUUAAUAUAAGAAAUUAGUCCUCGAAACUUUCUCAACUAUUAUAAGAAACUAGUAAGUAUUUUUUUACUACCGAGUUUUGUUUUGAUUUUCUUGGUUGUUUAUAAAAUAUUUUUUUAAUUAAUGAGUAAUUAUUGUAAAAUCUUUAAAUUUAUUUUAAUAUAUAAUUUCUUCAUCCUUUCAUUCCCUUUUUAAAAUAUUGAGCUUUGUUUUCAGUGGACUUGAUGGUUUGUGCUUUUUUUUUUUUAUGUAAUUUUGUCACAUACCCACAUUUCCCAGAAAUAUUUCAGUUGUGAAUCACUUGGCAGUGAAGCAAGGGAGAUGCAGGGAUUCCCUUGGAAUUUGCUCUUUUAAAAAAGGUAGACAAUGAUUGCUUCAGACUUCUGAAUACUGGAGAGACUUGGCUUUCAUUUUUUUACUGUUCCUUUUUAGUAAAAUGUGAUCUUGCAAGUGGUUGUUUUGAAAUUACCUUAGCCAUCUAUUUGAGAAACCCUGAUAAUAUAUAUAAAGCCAGUCUUAGUUUUCUACUUGUGCUGAAUCAAGCUUCUUUUUUUCUAAUGUAUAUUGGAUCUUGUGUUCUUUUUCUUAAUUUUUAGUAUUGAAAAUGUAUAAACAAUAAAAUAGCGUUGACAGUAUGAGCAAAUAUUUAAAAAAAAACAAAAAGCAGACCCAGUGUUGGCAAGGGUAUGAUGAGCCUGGGCCACUUACACCUCUGUGGUGAAGGUAUAAAUAUUUCAUUCAGUAAAUGUUUGAGUGCAUCUGUGUGCUAUGUAAUCUAAAGCAGGUCCCCACAGUUACUCAUAACAUUCUUUUUUCACAUAUCACAGUAUUUGUUCAUUUGACUUACUGUUUUCUCGAAUAGACUACAAGCUGUACAAGGAUAAUAUAUAUUUGUUUUGUUUUGUUUUGUUCACUGUAACAAACACCUAAGACAAUGUCUGUUGUGUAGUUGCUUACUGAUAAAAGUUGGAUGUACGAAUAAAUGAAUGUUUAGAUAUCGAGGAUAGAUUUUUUCCCUAGGAGCUUACGUUCUAGUGGAAGGCACAAUAGUGAUCUAUGUGAUAAGUAAUAAAGUAAUAAA